UGAACAAUUUCGUACCUUAGCGUUUUAGUUAUUUAGACGUUUGUUUACACCCGGGAACUCAAAAUAUGACUUAUUCAACUUCCCAGUAUCACAUACUUACCCCAAGUCGUGUUUAAUUUUUGUUGGUGAAAGCACUUGUUGAUAUAUGUUAUCUAGGUAAUGCUAUUUAGCUAGCUGCUAACUGUAACGAUAUGGGUUUUCACACUCAAAUAGCCUCCGUCAUGGAGGUGCUAGCGAAUGCAGCCGUGGCAGAGAUCUGUAAACUCGUAGACGACGACUAUGCAGUGUUUCGUUUGGAAAUUUCUCAAAGCCAGAAAGAAAACAGCGGAUUACGGAGGAAACUACAGCUACUGGAACUGAAGGUGGCACGGGAGCGUCGUCCCAGUAGUGUCAAGAUCCUCGACCGAUACAAAACAGGAUUGGCUAGAGGUGAAGGACAUCUCAUUGGAGGCCACAGGAGCUUUGUGAAGCCAGCAGGACACAAUACGUGGAAUGAUGACCAACCAAUUACUGUUGAUGAGGCGAGUGGAUCCUCAACCCAGCACGUUGUCGUGAUAGAGUCUGCAGAUGCAGGUCCUGGGUUCAAGCUAGAGAGGUCUGAAGGAGACGAGGACCCACGGCACAGCAGAAACUUUCAGACUGGAGUCGAGGACCCUACCACCACCCCAGCGCAGCCCAGGACCCGACGCAGCAUCACGGAGGUCAGUGGAACGCUGAACGCCGUCCUCAAGUCAAAGACAGACACCAAGACGUUAACUGUAACACACAGUCUCUUACACACAGGACCUGACCAAAUAUCAGAUCCAGGUCUGGGGAGACUGGGCUGUCCUCCUGCUCCCGGCUCAGACUAUUUACCAGUAUUUCAUCAGAGCCAGAGGCCUGUUCAAUCCCGUGGAGAUGGGGAUGGUGACAAGUUAGACACUGGUAGUGAUGAGCCUGCUUGUUCUUACACCACAGAGAAGGACCCUGGCAACAUGCCCCUGGGUUUAGAGACACAGACUGAUCUGUCUAUAGGGGCCUGGAAUCAGUACAGUAGUACUGUAUACUCUGAAGGGUACUUAGAUAAGAAAGGGGAGGGGCUUGUCAUAAAUGAAGUGACUGUGAAAUUGGAAGGUGACGUUCCUUCCACAUGGAAUGCAGAUAAUCACCUAGGAGAAGGACACUCGCAGGGCAGAGAUUUUUUAGACUACAGGGAAAGCUUAGAGACAAAUCCAAAUGUUGCCACCCACUCCCCUUUACACACGCUCAGUGAUCGAGACCCCGUGUCCACGUCGAUGGGAUCUUCAGAUUCACACGGCCAUGUCUUUUUCGAUCAGGUAUUGAACUCAAACAACAGGGCUAAAGCCCAGGGUCGGGGAGGGGGAGCCACAUCAGGCAAUAGUAAAGAGAAACGGUUCCUCUGCAUGUUCUGUAACAAAGGCUUCAGCUGCCCCCAGAAGGUGGAGAUCCACCAGAGGGUCCACACAGGGGAGAAACCAUUCAGCUGCACCCAGUGCCACAUGCGCUUCACCGAGGCUGGCACCCUGAAGCGGCACCAGAGGGUCCACACAGGGGAGAAACCUUACAGCUGCCCCCAGUGCGAGAAGAGGUUCUCCCGCCAGGACAAACUGAAGAGGCACCUGAAGGUCCACACGGGAGAGAGGCCGUUCGCCUGUACGCACUGCGGGAAAAGGUUCUCAGAGAGGAGCUACCUCAGAAUACAUCAGGAGAAAACCCAUUCCACUCGAUAACAUAGAAAGUAACCAUUCCGUUUGAUAGCUUCUGACGUUUAGCUCAAAGCCUGCAUUAAAGAGUGUUGGAAGUGCAAGGCCCAGACAUUGUGGAAUAUACACUGAGUGUAUAAAACAUUAGAAACACCUGCUCUUUCCAUGAAAUACACUGACCAGGUGAAUCCAGGUGAAAGCUAUGAUCCCUUAUUGAUGU